AUGAACACUUUGUUAUCAUUUAUACUAUUAAAUCUAUUAGUUUUAUUAUUUUGUUUUAAGUCACUUGAAAAUAGUAACAAAAAUUUAGUUCAUACUUUUAAUAUAGGGAAUGUUCCAGCACCAAUUGUUUUAAAUGAUGAAGAAGAUAAACAUAUUAUAGAAAAAAGACAACGUAGGAAAAAAAGUCGUCGAAGAGCAAGAAGAAAUAGAAGACAACUUACAAAUUCUUUAAAUGUUUUGGUUGCACAAAUAGCUGUAUUAACUCAACAAUUAAAUAAUCUUCAAGCUCAAGUAUCAAUUAUAGCAACAACAACUGCAACAACACCAGCAACACCAGCUACAACACCAGGAGGAAGACGUUAG